AUGGAGGAUCAGCGCAGGCCGAGUCGCGCCACGGGAUAUCCAGCCUCAGCCGACACCGAGUGCGGCGGGGCAGUGGCUGCCGCUGGGCCGGCCCAGCGCCGUCUCGGCCUCAGGGAAAAGCCAGCGCGCACCGAGAGAAAUCCGGCCUCUGCCGUCGGCAGAGGCCGCCGGGCCUUCGCCGCCGCUGACGAGAAGUUCGGACGCUCCACGGGACAUUCGGCCCCAGCCGACAUGGAGGCCGCCGGUCCUUCACUGCCGUCAAACGGGAUAGGUUUAGCUGCAGCCUCGGCCGGAAGCCAGGGGCUCCGCAGGAUACCCGGCCCCAGCCGACAUGGAGGGCCGCCGGGCCUUGGCCGCCGGCGACGAAGUUCGGUCGCCCGCGGGACAUUCGGCCUCAGCCGACAUGGAGGCCGCCGCUCCUUCACCGCCGUCGAGCAGGAUAGGUUUGGCUUCAGCCUUGGCCGGAAGGCGGGGCUCCGCAGGAUGCCCGGCCCCAGAGGAGAGCCGCCGGCCCGUCGCCCCGAGCCAUCCAGUCCUGGCCGGCCAGUAGGGCCGAGGCUCUUGCCACAACUCCCGCCGCAGCCGGGCCGCUUGUUUCAGCAUUGGCCGGAAGCCGGGGGGCUCCCCUCGGCCACAGCCGACAUGCAGGGCCGCCGGUCCUUCACCGCCGUCGAGCGGGAUAGGCUUGGCUUCAGCCUUGGCCGGAAGCCAGCACCCGCCGCGAGCCAUCCAGUCCCGGCCGGCCAGCAGGGCCGAGGCUUCUGCCACAACUCCCGCCGCAGCCGGGCCGCUUGUUUCAGCCUUGGCCGGAAGCCCGGGGGCUCCGCAGGAUAUCCGGUCCCAACCGAUAUGGAGGGCCGCCGGGUCUUCGCCGCCGGCGACGAGAAGUUCGGACGUUCCGCGGAACAUUCGGCCACAGCCGACAUGGAAGGCCGCCGGCCCUUCACCGCCGUCGAGCGGGAUAGGUUUAGGUUCAGCCUUGGCCGGAAACCGGAUGUCUCCGCAGGAUAUCCGGCCCCAGCCGACAUGGAGGGCCGCCGGGCCUUCGCCGCCGUCGAGCGGGACUAG